UGUGUUUAGCGGUCGAAUAGAUACGACGAGACCACCUUCUCCGUUAGCGCCGCGCGAUUUGUUUUUAUUUCGGGGGCGCUCUAGGCGAGUAACUAGCGGCGACGCAAGUUCCGAAACACUGUUUAUGGGUAGAGAGCGAAAUUCAAACGCGACGGUAAACCGCUGAAGGUGAUUUUCGUGGCUGUACGUCUAGCUGCUAGACCCUCGGGUGGUUGCUUCCAGCUGCUGAGGGCUAUCCGGAAGGGUUCGGUGCAAUAGUGAUCCUACCAAAGAUCUGUGAUCUAAGUUGUGUUUUAAACACACAAAGAAGAAAAAAGUUAUCAAAAAGCAUAGUAUUAUCGAGCAUAAAGUUUUCCGCUUAGCAAGUAAAUAAGAUAGAAAGUGAUCCAAACCCAGGAACCAUGCCGGUUAAUGCCAUCGGAACCGAACAGCUCAGUGGCAUCGAGGAAGAAUCCGAUAUCUACGAAGCUUUUGCACCGCAUGUGGACACGGCCAACAUCUCGGUUUUGACCGACACCCCUCCUGGAAAAAAACCUAACCUCAAAACAUUUCAAGAUGUGCAAUCCCUGAUUCAGCAGGGCAAGAAACGCGAAGCCAAACUAGUGCUAAGGGAAAAUUCGUGGCCCACCAACUCCCCCAUUCGGUCCCAGCUAUGGCCGGCCCUAUGCAGUCAGCAUCACGUGGGCAAAACCAUGCUGGACGGCUUCUACUGGGACAUGGUGAAUCAGGUAUUCGGUACCACCGAGCUGCCGGAAAAGCCAAUCAUGCUGCCACCCUUCGUCGACUCGACCCACUACCUGCCAUACCAUCUGACGCGAAAGGGCCGAGCUGUGGCCGAUCGGGUUGUUUCGGUACUCGGGUACGCCUGUCCCGACAUCACCUACAGCCCGACGCUGUACCCGAUCACGGCAAUACUGUUACACUUUAUGUCCGAGGAAGAAUGCUACCACUGCAUGGCGAGCUUGGUGGCCCCGAAGGAUAAAGUAUUCAUAACGCAGACAAAGCUGCUGUAUGAAGUCACCUGGAAGACUGUGAUGCAAAUAGCCAAAAAAUAUGCGAAAUCCGCAGUGCUGUAUUUAACGAGAUUAUGCCCGGGCCAGAAGUCGGAACGGAUCUUCAUGGACUGGUGCUGGUGGAUCAUGGGCGGGCUUCCCUUUCCGCACCUGGUGCGGGUGAUGGACUGUUUCUUCCACGAGGGCAUCAAGGUGCUGUACCGGGUGUCACUGGCGAUACUGAUCCUGUUCCACAAGCACGCCACCGCCACCAACAGCGACUGGGACCCGGACACGAUCAAGAACGACAUCGACAACGCGCUGCCCCGGUUCUGCAAAAAUAUCCCCGUUUCGCCGACCAAGCUGCUGCGGACGGCUUUUAGUAUAAGAGCACUUAGUUCAACCUACAUAUCUAGGACUUUUCUUAAGACUGAAAUGGUACUGAAGAGUAAGUCAGUUCUUAGUGGUUCGAAGCAGAUGGUAAGAUCACGUUCUAGCGAUAAUUUACCAACGAGUCAAUCCCAAGUCAACGUACAAAUGAUGUCACACACGCUAACCAUCCGAGAGCUAUUUACCCUUUGGUCCUGGCUGCCAGUGAGAAUAACAAUGUAUCAACCGGUACUGCUAUACACAACCGAAGAACAUGGAUGUUCCCUGACGACGUUCUACGUGCGCGUUGAGCAACACGAACCGACCCUUCUCAUGAUCAAAACUUGCAAUAAUGAGGUAUUUGGUGCGUACUGUUCGACGCGGUGGUAUGAGCGGAACCUGAAGGACGAACGUGGGCAGCGGCAGGCCUAUUUCGGAACCGGUGAGACGUUCCUGUUUUCGUUGUACCCGGAAAGGGCCAAGUAUCCAUGGGUGGGAAUCGAAGGGGACAAGGGCCUGGGGCACGCUUCGGAGCUGUUCAUGGCCGCCGAUUCCAAGAUGAUAACGAUUGGUGGGGGUGAGGGUCAAGCCAUCUGGAUGGACGAGAAUAUCCGUUUCGGCAAAACCGACCGCUGCCAGACGUUCAACAAUCCGCCGCUCUGCGUUAGUGGCGAUUUUGAGAUCCGAGUACUCGAAGUUUACGGAUUCGUAGGUGCGUGAACUGUUUGACCGAUGAUCGUUGUUGUCUCUGUGUGUUUUUUGGUGAAACCACCUUGGCCGCCAUCUUCCAUUGACUACUAGAACCCAACCAACUCAUCCACCCUGCACCACCUACCAAAAUCUACCAGCAUACCUGCUACUACUACUUUUACUGAAAGCAACUGAAAACAUUUCAACAAAACUACUAGCGCGAUUCUACUUUUACUCAACUACUCAACUGUUCGCCUAUAUGUAUACGCCCUCUUAACGAGAACACCGCAAUCAUCCUUUUGAUUCUGUUGUUGGAUGUCGAUGUACUUGGAUGAGCAUUUUUGGAUGUUGUAUUCAUCAUCGUAUACCUCUCUAUACACAAAGCAAAAAUCAUC